AUGUUUGGAAUCUUUCUAAAGGAUGAACAAAGUGGCAUGCCCGAAAUGAUUGAUGCAAUCGGAACAGCCCUUCGAUCAAUGGGCGACGGCGAGAUCAGCAUUUCAGCAUAUGACACAGCAUGGGUUGCGCUUGUGAAGAGCUUGAAUGGAGAUAACACACCGCAGUUCCCCUCGUGCAUUGAUUGGAUUGCUCGGAAUCAGCUGCUAGAUGGAUCAUGGGGUUUGUCAUUCAUCUCUGAAAAUAUGUGGAGGUUAACCAAGGAUGAUGAUAAUUGGACGCUAUGUGGCUUUGAGAUUAUCUUCCCUAUGUUGCUGGAGAAGGCCAAGAACCUAGGUGUGAACAUACCGCUUGAUGACCCCACGUUGGAAGCAAUAUAUGCCAAAAGAGAACUCAAGUUCACUAAGAUUCCGAGAGAUGCACUCCAUGUUGUACCAACAACUUUCCUUCUAAGCAUAGAAGGGAUGCCAGGUUUGGACUGGAAAAGGCAAUGUAAGCUCCAGUGUCCAGACGGCUCCUUCAUGUCUUCACCUGCUCCCACGGCUUAUGCUCUAAUGCAGACUGGGGACCCUAAGUGCUUUGAGUUCCUUGAUAGAGUGGUCAGCAAGUUUAACGGAAGCGUACCUUUUGUUUACCCUAUUGAGAUGUUCGAGCGCUUAUGGGCUGUCGACCGAUUGGAGAGGUUGGGCAUAUCACGUUAUUUCAAGAGUGAAAUUAAGGACUACUUAGAUUACAUUUACAGGAACUGGACUGAGGAAGGCUUGGCUUUUACGAAGGGCUGCCUAGUGAAGGACAUUGAUGGGCCAUGGGUUUCCGCCUUCUGCGACUGCAUGGCUACCAUGUCUCUCCUUUUUGAGAAUGACGACGGCCAGUUCGUGUGCUACGCAAGGCAGUCGAACCAGUCAGUUACCGCGAUGUACAACCUGUUCCGUGCUGCUAACCAGACCACGUUCCCUGACGAUGAUCACAUCCUCCGGCGCGCCAAGAGCUACACCCGUGGGUUCCUCCGGGAGAGGCGAGCCACCGGCCAGCUAAACGACAAGUGGAUCAUCUCUGAGGGUCUGCCUGGCGAGGUCGGCUAUGGUCUGGAUUUCCCUUGGGAAGCUAGUAUGCCACGCAUUGAAACGAGAAUGUACCUUGAGCAAUACGGUGGAAGCGCUGACGUGGGGAUUGGGAAGGUCCUCUAUAGAACGAACCUCUUCAGCAACGAUAUGUACCUCAAGGUGGCGAAAGCUGAUUUAAGAAAAUUUCAGAGACUAUGCCGACUAGAGUGGCACAGCCUGAAAAGGUGGUGUGGCAAGAACAAUCUUGAAAUGUACGGCGUGACUCGGCAGAGCGCGCUGAGAGCUUACUUCCUGGCCGCGGCCAGCAACUUCGAACCGAGCCGAGCAGCAGAGCGCCUGGCAUGGGCACGCACAGCGGUGCUCGCCGAGGCCAUCUCCGGGUGCUUGCUGAUGAGCAGCAACACUCACGACGAUCGGACGAUGACGGCCGAAUGGCUCGUCGGUGAAUUCGUCAACAGCGACGAUGACAACCCGGCAAGUGGAAGAGGGAAGAAGAAUUCACGAGUUACUAGCAGCCUCGGCUAUGCUCUUCGUGACCUUAUUGACAUCCAUGCGUCCGGCAACGCUUCUGUCGCUGACUGUCUUCGUGGAGCUAAUGGAGAAAACAUGGACAAGAUUGAUGAUCUGGACAGGAUGGUUGGAUUCGAGAUGCAAGAACUGGCUCAAUGUGUUUUCCAGAGCUGCAGCUCCAUCAACAGAGAAACACGGCAGACAUUUCUCCAUGUGACCAAGAGUUACUACUAUGUCGCCCUCUGCUCACAUGAAACAAUUGAACAUCACAUCUCCAAGGAUUCAGUCGUACCGACAGAAAUAAUCCGUGGCCUUCUUCGCCUAGUAUUUGUGUACGUUGGGAAGGAUGCCCAAAAUUUCCUGUUAAACAAAUACCAACGUAACCGUUGCCAUGUGAGAGAAAAGGUCGAAGAAUCACUGCAUCUGAUGCUCAAUGCUCAGCGAAAUAAAAAUUGUAUGUCCUCCGAUCCAGAGUUGCUGUUCCCUUCGUCUCUGAAACACAACCAUGUACGGAGACUGAGGCUUUGCUUGCACACCUCCCACCCCAUGGCAACCCCAAUCCAGGUGAGCAUACUUGCGGCCCUGCAGGAACUAUGGAAGCAAGUUUGUUGGGCCGGGCAGUGGCAUCACAGCCUGGUGGUGAUGAUUGGUGAAGCGUUCGAGUAG